AUGCUAGGAGUAAAAAGAGAACGGAGCAAAUCAACAUAUGGCAAUGAGGAUCAACCAGAAUACAAUCCAGAGAGACAAGAGGCUUGGAAACUAGCUGGCGAAUCAGCAGCUCGAGCAGGAGGCCGCCUGUGUCCGGGCUUGGGGGUUGGCCUGGAAGCCGGCCACCGGGGCCGGGAGCUGAGCGGGCGGGAGAGGAGCGCGGGGCAGAGUGCAGGGCUCCGCGGAGCGCCGCGAGCGGCCAGCGCCAUGAGCGCCCUGCCGUUCCUGCUGCUCUGGGCGCUCCCCCAGGCUUGGGGAACCUCGGGAGUGGGAGAUGCUGCUGUAUACUUUGGGGGUUAUCGAAGCAGCUUCACCAGGGACAUAAAGGAUUUCGCCAAAAUGCUGCAAGUAGCCUAUCCCAUUGAGCUACAGCUGUCUGCUGGCUGUGAGAUACACCCUGGGAACACCUCAGAAAACUUCCUCCAUGUAGCGUAUGAAGGAAGAGAGGUCGUGAGUUUCCAAGAAACUUCUUGGAAGGCAGCCCCAGAGGCCCCAGACUGGAUAAAUGUGGCCAUCACAGUGCUAAACCAGGACCAAGAGACGAGGGAAACAGUGCAGUGGCUCUUGAAUGACACUUGCCCCCAGUUUGCCAGUGGCCUUCUUGAAGCAGGGAAAUCAGAACUGGAAAAGCAAGUGAAGCCCAAGGCCUGGCUGUCCAGUGGCCCCGGUCCCGGGCCUGGUCGUCUGCUGCUGGUGUGCCACGUCUCAGGAUUCUACCCAAAGCCUGUGUGGGUGAUGUGGAUGCGGGGUGAGCAGGAGCAGUCAGGCACUCAGCAAGGGGACAUCCUGCCCAAUGCCGACGAGACGUGGUAUCUCCAAGCAACCCUGGAUGUGGAGACUGGCGACGCACCUGGCCUGGCCUGUCGGGUGAAUCACAGCAGUCUAGAGGGCCAGGACAUCAUCCUCUACUGGGGUGGGAGCCAUGCCUCAGUGGGCCUGAUCGCCUUGGCAGUACUGACGUGCCUGGUGUCCCUCCUUGCGCUCAUCAUAGGCCUAGCCUGGUUUAAGAAGCGCCG